ACAAUGGGCUCUAUCAGUGCAGCAAAUGCAGAAUUUUGUUUUGAUGUAUUCAAAGAGGUGAAAUUUCACCAACCCAACGACAACAUCUUUUAUUGCCCCCUGAGCAUGAUUGCAGCCUUGGCCAUGGUCUAUCUGGGAGCAAGAAAUAACACUGAGUAUCAGAUGGAGAAGGUUCUUCACUUUGACAAAAUUGCAGGACUUGGAAGCAUCCAGACCAAGGUGCAGAAAUCUAAGUGUGGCAAGUCUGUGAAUAUCCACCUACUGUUUAAAGAAAUUCUCUCUGAUAUCACUGCACCAGAAGCCAAUUAUUCACUGCACGUUGCCAGCAGACUCUAUGCUGAAAAGACAAGUCAGAUCCUACCGAUCUACUUAAAAUGUGUGAAGAAGCUGUACAGAUCUGGUCUAGAAAUGGUCAACUUCAAAACAGCAUCAAAUCAAACCAGACAGCGCAUUAAUUCCUGGGUGAAAAAUCAGACAAAUGGACAGAUCCAGGAUUUCCUUGAACCAAGCUCUGUUAAUCCUCAGACUGCGCUGGUCCUUGUGAAUGCCAUUUACUUCAAAGGGAUAUGGAAGACCCCGUUUAAAGAAGAAGACACUCAGGAAGUGCCCUUCAAUGUGACUGAGCAAGAGAGCAGACCCGUGCAAAUGAUGUGUCAGAACAGCACCUUCAGAGUGGCAAGAGUGGCUGAAGACAAAAUUAAGGUCCUGGAGCUUCCGUACGCCAGUGGAGAGCUGAGCCUGUUGGUGCUGCUGCCUGAUGACAUCUCUGGCCUGGCACAGCUUGAGAACAAAAUCAGCUUUGAAAAACUUGCUGAGUGGACCAGUUCCAGAGUGAUGGAAAAGAAGAGAGUAAAAGUGUACCUCCCACGCAUGAAGAUUGGAGAGAAAUAUAACCUCACAUCUGUCCUGACAUCCUUGGGUAUGACUGAGGUGUUCAGCCCCUCGGCCAACCUCUCUGGCAUCUCUUCAGCAGAGAGCCUGAGGGUAUCUGAGGCCAUGCAUGAGGCAUACAUGGAAGUCACUGAAGAGGGCACUGAGGAGGCUGGCUCAGCAGAUGACACAGAAGACAUCCAACAUUCCUCUGAGUUUGAAGAGUUCAGGGCUGACCAUCCGUUUCUUUUCUUGAUCAAACACAAUCCAAGCAACCUGAUCCUCUUCUUUGGUAGAUAUUGUUCUCCCUAA